UGUUUGCUAGAGUCGGCAUUGUGCUACAGUUGUUGGAAAUCAUUAACUUUUUUUUUUUUUAGGUCACUCUGUUUCUCGCUCCCUCGCCGGACUUCGCCGACGCCGACUGUAAUAUCUUCUUCUAGUCGAACUCGACGACAUGAAGCUCACCGUCAAGACUCUCAAGGGUAGUCAUUUUGAAAUCAGGGUUCUGCCUACUGACACGAUAAUGGCAGUGAAGAAGAAUAUUGAAGAUUCACAAAGCAAAGACAACUAUCCUUGUGGACAGCAAUUGCUCAUUCACAAUGGAAAAGUUUUGAAAGAUGAAACUACUUUGGUGGAGAACAAGGUCACUGAAGAAGGUUUUCUUGUUGUCAUGCUUAGCAAGAGUAAAACUGCAAGUUCAGCUGGUCCCUCUUCUGCUCAGCCUACUUCCACUGCUACAUCCACUGUCUCUUCAACGACGCCUGCAGCUUCAUUGACAACCCAGUCAAUAGCUGUGUCAGCUCCAAAUUCUACUCCUGCACAAGAACAACCAGCGUCACAAAAUGACACUUAUGGUCAAGCUGCUUCAACUUUAGUUAGUGGCACUAGUAUUGAGCAAAUGGUUCAACAAAUAAUGGAGAUGGGAGGUGGGAGCUGGGACAAGGAAACAGUUACUCGUGCACUUCGUGCAGCGUAUAACAACCCUGAGAGAGCAGUGGAUUAUCUAUAUUCUGGAAUUCCUGAAACAGUAGCUGUUCCAGCGACUCCUUUAUCUGGAGUAGGAUCUGAUGCAGAACGUGCUGCUCCUCCUGCCUCUGGAGGACCUAAUUCAUCUCCUUUGGAUUUGUUUCCCCAGGAAGCAGUUUCUGAUGCUGGAGGUGGAGAUCUUGGAACGCUUGAAUUCCUUAGAGGCAAUGAUCAGUUCCAACAAUUACGCACCAUGGUCAAUUCCAACCCCCAGAUUCUUCAGCCUAUGCUUCAAGAGCUCGGAAAGCAGAACCCCCAACUACUGAGGCUUAUUCAAGAGAACCAAGCGGAAUUUCUUCAGUUACUAAAUGAGCCCUAUGAAGGAUCUGACGGGGAUAUGGAUAUUUUCGAUCAACCCGAGCAAGAAAUGCCUCACGCUGUCAAUGUUACCCCUGAAGAGCAAGACUCGAUUCAACGGCUCGAGGCAAUGGGGUUUGAUAGAGCAUUAGUCAUAGAAGCCUUCCUUGCGUGUGACCGUAACGAAGAAUUGGCUGCAAACUAUCUGCUUGAGCACGCAGCAGAUUUUGAAGACUGAGUCCCGACAACAACUUAUAACUAAAUCAGAGCACAGGAGAAUUUUCUGUCCCCCCUCUAUCUGAACUGUUACUCUGCUCAGAAUCUUAUAUCUUAUUCUUACAUCUCAAUCUACUUAUAGAACAAGUUUGCCGUUGACACGAUCCACAUUUGUCUUUCUUUUGUAAUUGCGUCUUUCAAGUUUUUUUCUUCUU